CGGCCGGGAUGUGAGCAGCCAUGUGGAGGUGAUCCCCGCCGGCGAGGGCCCGCCUGAGCUGCGGGGCGCCAUGGCGGCCCGCCUGGUCCAGCGCUGCUCCCGCCUCCUGGCCGUCUCCCGGUCCCCGCCGCCGCCGCCGCCGGCCCCGGCCCGGCCGCCCCUCCGGGCCCCGGCCCCGGCGCCCGGCUCCACCCUGUCGGCCGCGGGCGGCGGGUUCCCCGAGAAGGAGCCCGUGUUCACCCCGUACCCGAAGCGCCAGCCGCUGGACCGGCUGAUCGAGACGGCCUCCAGCCCCGAGGAAGUGCUGCAGCUGGUCCGCUGCGGCCACCCGCCCCACCGCAACCAGGCGGCCCUCAUGCUCGUCCGGCUCUCCCGCCUCCUCGCCGAGAAGCACCAGCCCGCCGGGCCCCUGGCCCAGGACGCCCGCUUCCAGGAGCUGCUCAACACCGUGCACAGCCAGAUCUCCCUGGUGUGGAACAAGACCCUGGUGAGCCUGCUGCGGAGCCUGUACUCGCUGCGCCUGCCGGACGACUGCAAGGAGCUGCGCUCCGUGGAGCAGGAGGUCUGCUGGCGGCUGCGGCGCCUCCAGUUCCGCCAGCUGGCUUUCCUGGCCGAGACCAGCGUCCCGUACCUGCGGGAGCGGCGCUCCGACCUGCUGGCCGAGCUGCUGCUCCACCUGGAGCGGCGCUGGGCCGAGAUCGACGACCGCCGCACCGUGGUGGCCCUCCUCACCAGGGUGGGCCACCUGUCCGAGGCCCUCAUGGACCGCCUCGAGGACAAGGGCCUGGAGCUGGUGGAGCAGUUCAGGGCGGAGGACCUGCGCAACGUGCUGCUCGCCCUGGCCCUGCAGAACCGGCGCUCGGUGCCCCUGCUCCGCGCCAUCUCCUACCACCUCGUGCAGAAGCCCUUCACCCUCAGCAAGAGCGUCCUCCUCGACGUGGCCUACGCUUACGGAAAGCUAAACUUCCACCAGACGCAGGUGUUCCAGAAGCUGGCGGCCGACCUGCUGCCCCUGGUGCCCGGCAUGUCGCCCAACGACGUGGCCCGCUGCGCCAAGUCCUUCGCCUUCCUCAAGUGGCUCAACCUGCCGCUCUUCGAGGCCUUCGGCCAGCACGUCGUGGCGAGGGCCGGUAGCUUCACGCCCCAGCAGCUGUGCAACGUGAUCCUGGCCUUCGCCCGCCUGAACUUCCAGCCCGAGCCCCAGGACCCCUUCUUCGGCGUGGUACAUGAGCGACUGAACCCGGUGUUGGCCGAGCUGGGCCCCAGCCUGCAGGUGGAUCUGGUGUGGUCCCUGUGCGUACUACAGCGGGUCCGGGGCGACCAGCUGGCCGGGGUCCUGGCCCCCCGGUUCCACGCCCAGUUCCUGGACGGCAAGUCCCCCCAGGACCAGAGCACUUGGCAGAAGCUGAUGCAUAUCAACGCCACGGCCCAGCUGGAGCAUCCCACCUACACGGGUCCCUUCCUGCCCCCGCCGGCCUUGCGCCCCCCGCCCUCCUCCUCCUCCUCCCCCUCCCUGCUCCGGAAGGAGACCCCCAUGCAGCAGGAGCUGCAGGAGACGCUGCGGGGGCUGUUGGGAAGCGGUGACAAGGGCCGCUUCGCGGUGAUGACGCAGUACGGCUGGGAGCUCGACGCGGAGGUGGUCCUCAGCCAGGACAAUCAGCCCCUGCCCCUGAAGGACCUGGCCGCCCCUCACCUGGCCCACCCAGCCGGGAGCCAACCCCUGCCUCCGGGUGCCAAGAGGCUGGCUUUCCUGCGCUGGGAAUUCCCCAACUUCAACAGCCGGAGCAAGGAUCUACUGGGCCGCUUUGCCAUGGCCCGGCGCCACGUGCAGGGGGCCGGCUUCCUGGUGGUGGACGUGCCCUACUACGAGUGGCUGGAUCUGAAGUCCGAGUGGCAGAAGGGUGCCUACCUCAAAGACAAGAUGGGCAAGGCUGUGGCAGAGGAACUGGCCAAGUGAUUUUCUGUGGGGGGCUCCCCCUCCGGCGGGGGUCACAGACUUGGACUGAGCCUCCCCCGCGGCUAGGCUGGGUGCUGCUGUGGGAAGGUUCCCUCCCCUCGCCCCCCUCAAAUCCGGGUCCUCUCCUCCAGAGACAGGGCCGCUCGCCGCCGCUGCUGGGUUUGUGGGGGGGCUACGGGGGCAUGGGCAGGAGGCUGUCAGUGCCCGCUUGGAACAGCACCCCAGUUUCCCCUCCAAUAAAGGUCUUUAUGCCGUUUA